GAAAUUGAGGGAAAACCUCAGUACUAAUGGAAGAACCUAUUCAGGAGGAAAAAUAUGUUAUUAUAGAUGAGACAGAUGGGGCUAGAAAUGGCUUAAAAAGCCCAUUUUUGGGGGGAAUAGAGGAGGAAAACGGUAUAGAAGAAUGUUUAGAUGAUAUAUUUCCGGAUCAUUAUUAUGAUAAUGGAAAAAUCCCGGUUUUUAAGCCAACGAUGGAGCAGUUUCAUUGCUUUAGUAGAUUUGUUAAAUCUAUUGAUUCGUAUGGUAUGAAGACGGGGAUUGUGAAGAUUAUCCCGCCCAAUGAAUGGUUAGAAAAAUUGCCGAAUUAUACAGAAAAGAUCAAGACAAUACGUUUGAGACAUCCUAUUGAGCAACAUAUUGUUGGAAAUGGUGGUUGUUUUCGACAAACCAAUGUUGAGAAAAGACAAACAUAUAAUCUUCCUAAAUGGAGGAAAUUAUGUGAAAGUCCUAAUCAUUUACCUCCUGCGCGUAGAGGAGAAACGAGAAAAAUAGCGUAUAAUGAUAAUAUAUGCAAAAAACCCGAAAAUAAUGGAUGUAUUAAUGAAUCGUUUGAAUUGGAAUCGAAUCAAGGAAAGGCUUUGAUUAACGGUUUAAGUGAAAAAAAUGUAAAGAAAAAGAUGAAAACGGAUAGUUUUAAUAAUGAGACUGAGCUCACGAAUAUAUUGCCAAGUGAAAUUUUUCUUAAGAAAGAAGAAACUGAAACGAAUUGUUUUUUGGAAAAAAAAAGUCUUAAUGUUGAUAUUGAAACGACUGAUAAUGCAUUGGAGACCGAUUCUAAUGAGCAAACUCCUAAAAAGAAGGUUAAAAAGAAUGGUCUUGCGAAAAAUAAGAUUAAUCAAUCUGACGACUGUGAUUUUGACGGGUUUGAUUAUAAAAUAACAAAUCCAGAAGAAUAUACGAUAGAAAGAUGCAAAGAACUCGAACGUAUUUAUUGGAAAACUAUUACUUAUAAUAAUCCAUUAUAUGGUGCAGAUAUGCCUGGUUCGUUAUUUGAUGAUUCAGUUAAAGAAUGGAAUGUUUCCAAUUUAGAUAAUAUUUUAAACAAAAUGGAUAUCAUUUUACCUGGUGUUAAUACUUCUUAUCUUUAUUUAGGAAUGUGGAAAGCUACUUUCUCAUGGCAUGUAGAGGAUAUGGAUUUAUAUUCUAUAAACUACUUGCAUUUUGGUGCACCAAAACAAUGGUAUUCGAUAUGUCAAAAAGAUGCCUCACGAUUUGAAGAUAUUAUGAGGAGGAUUUUUCCAAACGAUUAUAAAACAUGCUCUCAAUUCUUGAGACAUAAAACAUUCAGCGUAUCACCUUCAGUUCUAGCACAAAAUAAUAUUGAUGUCAACCGUCUUGUACAGCAUCAGGGUGAAUUUGUAAUAACAUUUCCAUACGGAUAUCAUUCUGGAUAUAAUCUUGGUUAUAACUGUGCUGAAAGUGUAAAUUUUGCUUCUUAUAAUUGGCUUGAAAUUGGAAGGAAUGCUAAAAGGUGCAAAUGUAUCCCAGAUUCCGUUCAUAUUAAUGUGGAUGAUGCAAUAAGACGUAUAUCUACUAAUAUUGAAGAAAAAAAUAAAGAAUCAAAAAAACGUAAAGUUGAUAAAAAGGAAUUUUCUGGAUUAAAAGGAUUGAAAAAGCCAAAAUUAUUACAUCAGAAAAAAGCGGAUUGUUGUGUUCUUUGUCCUAACGAAUCUAUUGGAGAACCAUUAAUAGUAACAAAUUGUGGAGGCUUAUCUCAUAGGAUUUGUGCAUUAUAUAUUCCUGAGACAUAUGUCGUAUCAGAUACUGCAUUAUCAAAAGAUGUUGUUCAUGGAAUAGAUAUGAUAGAAAAGGCACGAUUUAAAUUGAGAUGUUUGUACUGUCGUUCUAUUAAAGGUGCUUGUUUUCAAUGCUCUUAUCCAAAAUGUUUUCGAUCUUAUCAUGCAACAUGUGCUGCAUCUGCUGGUGUUUUGGUAGAAUCAUUUCAAUUGGGUUUAAAUCAACAAUUUUUUUUUAGUUGUAAAUUUCAUCGUCCAAAACGACCUAGACCUGAAAAGCUUGAAGAUGAUCCUCAUAUUCAUAAAUUUGCCACUGAAGUUACAAUUGGUGAUGUUAUCCAAGCACAAUAUACUAAAGGUGAUAUUUUUUCUGGAAUAGUAAGAGAAAACCGUAUAGACGAAAAUAUAGUUUUAAUUGAGAUAUCAUCUCGUGAUUUAUAUGAGGUUGAAUAUAAAUGGAUUUUAGCACCACCUCUUAGAACUUUUCCUCCAUGUGAAUUUCUUACAUCUAAUAAUGAUUUUAUCAAAAUUAAUGGUGCACGAUUAAAUAAGGAGAAUAUCAUGCCUAUAAAUAUUUCCCCUCAAGAAAAGAAUGGCGAUGAUUUCUUUAAAAAUGCUUCUAUUCAAGAAAAUGAUGAAAAAUUGUCUACGAAUAUUUAUACUCAAAAUAAUAAUGAUUUAUUGAUUACUUCAUCUCAUUUAACGACUUCUGUUAAUCUGGAUUCUGAUGCUCUUACUUUAAAAUGAUAUCCUUUGAUGUUUCAAGAUUAAUAAAGAUGCUUAGUAAAUUCUAUA